AGAACAAGACCGUUAUAGUACUAUAACAUGGCAGUGAGCGCAGUUCACCUCGAAUCAGAUGCUUUUUUGGUUUGCAUGAAUCAUGCAUUAAGUACCGAGAAGGAGGAAGUAAUGGGACUCUGCAUCGGGGAGGUGGACACCAACCGCAUCGUCCACAUUCAUUCUGUUAUUAUUCUCCGACGCUCGGACAAGAGGAAGGAUCGCGUGGAAAUUUCGCCUGAGCAGCUGUCUUCAGCGGCAACCGAAGCGGAGAGGUUGGCUGAAAUGACUGGACGGCCGAUGCGUGUAGUUGGUUGGUACCACUCUCACCCCCACAUCACUGUGUGGCCAUCACAUGUGGAUGUGAGGACACAGGCUAUGUAUCAAAUGAUGGACCAGGGCUUUGUUGGGCUGAUAUUCUCCUGCUUCAUUGAGGAUAAGAACACAAAAACCGGUCGAGUUCUCUACACCUGCUUCCAGUCUGUCCAAGCCCAGAAAGGCUCUGAGUACGAGAGAAUCGAGAUCCCAAUUCAUGUGAUUCCACACGAGGCCAUUGGGAAAGUGUGCCUUGAAUCAGCAGUGGAGCUUCCCAGAAUCCUCUGCCAGGAAGAGCAGGACACCUACAGAAAGAUUCACAGCUUAACUCAACUGGAUCCGAUCACGAAGAUACACAAUGGCUCAGUCUUCACUAAGAACCUGUGCAGCCAGAUGUCUGCUGUGAGUGGUCCCCUGCUGCAGUGGCUGGAGGAUCGUCUGGAGCAGAACAAACAGAACAUAAUUGAGCUGCAGCUGGAGAAAGAGAGACUAACUCAGGAGUUGGCAACCAUGUGAGAGGGAGAGAGUUAAGAAAUAGACACGUGGGCCUACCGAGUGGCGCAGCAGUCUAAAGCACUGCAUUGCAGUGCUUGAGGCGUCACUACAGACCCGGGUUCAAUCCCGGGCUGUGUCGCAGCCGGCCGCGACCGGGAGACCCAUGAGGCGGCACACAAUUGGCCCAGCGUCGUCCGGGUUAGGGGAGGGUUUGGCCGGCCGGUAUGUCCCAUUGCGUUCUAGCGACUCCUUGUGGUGGCCUGGGCGCAGUGCACGCUGACUUCGGUCGCCAGCUGUUCUGUGUUUCUUCCGACACAUUGGUGCUUCUGGGUUAGGCGAGCAGUGUGUCAAGAAGCAGUGCGGCUUGGCAGAGUCAUGUUUCGGAGGACGCAUGGCUCUCGACCUUUGCCUCUCCCUAGUCCUUACGGGAGUUGCAGCGAUGGGACAAGACUAUAACUACCAAUUUGGAUAUCACGAAAUUGGGGAGAAAAAGGGGUAAUGUUGACAUGUUCCUCAUAGUACCAUAGACCUUCUAACACGAGAGCAAGUGACUAAGUGAAUCUCCUCAUUGCUAACUGAAUGCCACCACACACACCUUAGGGAGUGUUUUCCUGUCAUCCUCUGUGUACUAUUAAACACUACUGUAUUUACGAGAACAUGUCACUAUUUCUCUUUAUUUUAGUUCUUUGGCUCUGAUUAUUGGAUGUGUUUUUAUAUUUUGAAUGGAUGGUGCAAUGUACUGUGAGCAUGAAAGGAUGUCCCGUGUGAAUGGAUGGUGCAAUGUACUGUGAGCAUGAAAGGAUGUCCCGUGUGAAUUGCCAAUUCAAAAUGUUACAACAUAGUAUAUCCAGGUAUUUGCUUAUUAUAAAGUUAAAAAAAAAAAUAGUUUUUCAAUUUCUAUGUUGCAAUAUGUCAUGCUUUAUUUGUGCUCCAAGUUAAAUCAAAGCCAUCUCCUUUGACAGCUAUUGGAUUUCUUGUACUUAUAAAUGUUUUCAUAAGGUAUUUCAUGGAAAUGUUCCAAACCAUUAACUUUGUCCUCUCCUGCAGAGUUUUGAGUCCUGAGUGAGGCAUUUUGUCUGAAAACCUCAAAUGUUGAUUCUCAUAUAGAAGGGCAGAGGGACAAUUUUUGUAAUUAACUAUUUCAUACGAGAUGGGGGAGAUGGGAUAUUACUUUAUAUCCGUUUGGAAAAUACAGCGUUGUUAGCUAAACGAUGUCUACAUGUGAAUGUAUGGUGUAACCAUCGUAGCUUAUUUAGCAGCCAUUGCUUAGUCAUUGUGUGCCUUGUCAUGCUUGUACAGGUUCUGUUGUUUUGAGGGAUUAAACAGAUUUUUCUCUUUA